GCGGCGGCGGCGCGCGCGGGGCGCCGGUUGCGGGGCGUGGCGGCUGGGGCCUGGGAGCUGGGCCAGUGUGGGGCUCGGGGGCGCGUCCACGUGGCUGGAGGGCGGCCACUCCGAGCCAGCGGCGGCGGAGAGACAGGCCCGUCCCUGGGCGCAGCCGCCGGCCAUGCCCGCUGUUUGUCUCCUCUCACUGCUCGUCCUUGCCAUGGGGGGGGCCCUGGGCAGCAGCAGGCCCUUCCCUGCCUUCUCGGUGACAGACACUACCCUCACCCACCUGGCGGUACACCGGGUGACUGGAGAGGUGUUUGUGGGCGCAGUGAAUCGUGUCUUCAAGCUGUCCCCCAACCUGACCGAGCUGCGGGCCCAUGUCACGGGGCCUGUUGAGGACAAUGCUCGCUGCUACCCACCCCCCAGUAUGCGUGUGUGCGCCCAUCGCCUGGCGCCUGUGGACAACGUGAACAAGCUGCUGCUCAUAGACUAUGCAGCCCGCCGCCUGGUGGCCUGUGGCAGCAUCUGGCAGGGCAUUUGCCAGUUCCUGCGCCUCGAUGACCUCUUCAAGCUGGGCGAGCCCCACCAUCGCAAGGAGCACUACCUGUCGGGGGCCCGGGAACCCGACUCCAUGGCUGGCGUCAUUGUGGAACAGGGCCAGGGGCCCAGCAAGCUGUUUGUGGGCACUGCUGUGGAUGGCAAGUCUGAGUACUUCCCCACUCUGAGCUCUCGAAAGCUCAUCGGUGAUGAGGACAGUGCCGACAUGUUCAGUCUGGUGUACCAGGAUGAGUUUGUCUCCUCACAGAUCAAGAUCCCCUCAGACACAUUGUCCUUGUACCCUGCUUUUGACAUCUACUAUAUCUAUGGCUUUGUGAGUGCCUCCUUUGUGUACUUCCUGACGCUGCAGCUGGACACCCAGCAGACGUUGCUGGACACAGCAGGCGAGAAAUUCUUCACAUCCAAGAUCGUGCGCAUGUGCGCGGGGGACUCGGAGUUCUACUCAUACGUGGAGUUCCCCAUUGGCUGCUCCUGGCGCGGCGUGGAGUACCGCUUGGUGCAGAGCGCCCACCUGGCCAAGCCCGGCCUGCUGCUGGCCCAGGCCCUGGGUGUGCCAGCUGACGAGGAUGUCCUCUUCACAGUCUUCUCUCAAGGCCAGAAGAACCGGGCCAGCCCACCGAGGCAGACCAUCCUCUGCCUCUUUACCCUCAGCAACAUCAAUGCCCACAUCCGGCGCCGCAUCCAGUCCUGCUAUCGCGGGGAGGGCACACUGGCCCUGCCUUGGCUGCUGAACAAGGAGCUGCCCUGCAUCAACACUCCCAUGCAGAUAAAUGGAAACUUCUGCGGGCUGGUAUUGAACCAGCCACUGGGUGGCCUGCACGUGAUUGAGGGGCUGCCCCUGCUGGCUGACAGCACUGAUGGCAUGGCCAGUGUGGCUGCCUACACCUACCACCAGCACUCCGUGGUCUUCAUUGGCACUCGCAGUGGCAGCCUGAAGAAGGUGCGGGUCGAUGGCUCCCAGGAUGCCCAUCUGUACGAGACAGUGCCCGUGGUGGAUGGCAGCCCCAUACUCCGAGACCUCCUCUUCAGCCCUGACCACCGGCACAUCUACCUCCUGAGUGAGAAGCAGGUGAGCCAGCUCCCAGUGGAGACCUGCGAGCAAUACCUGAGUUGUGCAGCCUGCCUGGGCUCGGGGGACCCGCACUGUGGUUGGUGUGUGCUGCAGCACAGAUGCUGCCGCGAAGGGGCUUGUCCAGGUGCCUCAGCCCCUCAUGGCUUUGCCAAGGAGCUGAGCAAAUGUGUUCAGGUGCGGGUCCAGCCCAACAACGUGUCGGUGACAUCACCUGGGGUGCAGCUCACUGUGGCCAUGCGCAACGUGCCAGACCUCAGCGCAGGUGUGAGCUGUGCCUUUGAGGAGGUGACGGAGAACGAGGCCAUCCUGCUGCCCUCUGGGGAGUUGCGCUGUCCCUCGCCCUCCCUCCAGGAGCUCCGGACGCUCACCAGGGGGCACGGGGCCACCCGCACUGUGCGGCUGCAGCUGCUCUCCAAGGAGACCGGCGUGAGCUUUGCAGGGGCCGACUUUGUCUUCUACAACUGCAGUGUUCUCCAGUCGUGCAUGUCCUGCGUCGGCAGCCCUUACCCCUGCCACUGGUGUAAGUACCGCCACGUGUGUACCAGCCACCCCCACGAGUGCUCCUUCCAGGAGGGCAGGGUCCACAGCCCUGAGGGCUGCCCUGAGAUCCUGCCCAGCGGGGACCUCCUGAUCCCGGUCGGUGUCAUGCAGCCUCUUACCUUGCGGGCCAAGAACCUGCCGCAGCCCCAGUCGGGCCAGAAGAACUACGAGUGCGUGGUCCGGGUGCAGGGCCGGCAGCAGCGGGUGCCUGCUGUGCGCUUCAACAGCAGCAGUGUGCAGUGCCAGAAUGCCUCGUACUCCUAUGAAGGCGAUGAGUAUGGUGACACCGAGCUGGAUUUCUCUGUGGUCUGGGAUGGAGAUUUCCCCAUCGACAAGCCUGCCACCUUCCGAGCUCUCCUGUACAAGUGCUGGGCCCAGCGACCUAGCUGUGGUCUCUGCCUCAAGGCUGACCCCCGCUUCAACUGCGGCUGGUGCGUCUCAGAGCACAGGUGCCAGCUGCGGGCCCACUGCCCAGCACCCAAGACCAACUGGAUGCACCUGAGCCAGAAAGGCACCCGCUGCAGCCACCCUCGCAUUGCCCAGAUCCACCCACUUAUGGGGCCCAAGGAGGGAGGUACCCGGGUCACCAUCGUGGGCGAGAACCUGGGCCUCACCUACCGAGAGGUGGGCCUGCGGGUGGCCGGCGUGCGCUGCAACUCCAUCCCUGCCGAGUAUGUCAGCGCUGAGAGGAUUGUGUGUGAGAUGGAGGAGUCGCUGGUGCCCAGCCCGCCGCCGGGGCCUGUGGAGCUCUGUGUAGGCGACUGUUCCGCGGACUUCCGCACGCAGUCUGAGCAGCUCUACAGCUUCGUGACCCCAAUGUUCAACCAUGUGAGUCCCAGUCGGGGCCCAGCUUCUGGAGGCACACGGCUCACCAUCUCCGGUAGCUCUCUGGAUGCUGGCAGCAGAGUUGCAGUGACUGUGAGAGACGGCGAGUGCCAGUUUGUGAGGAGAGAUGCCGAAGCGAUUGUGUGUAUCUCGCCCGUCUCCACCCUGGGCCCCAGCCAGGCCUCCAUCACCCUGGCUAUAGACCGUGCCAACAUCUCUAGUCCUGGAGUCCUCUACACCUACACCCAGGACCCCACUGUCACUCGCCUUGAGCCCACCUGGAGCAUCAUCAACGGAAGCACUGCCAUCACUGUGAGUGGGACUCACCUGCUGACAGUCCAGGAGCCCCGAGUCCGGGCCAAGUACCGAGGCAUUGAAACCACCAAUACGUGCCAGGUGAUCAACGACACUGCUAUGCUGUGUAAGGCCCCCGGCAUCUUCCUGGGGCGGCCCCAGCCGCAGGCCCAGGGCGAGCACCCUGACGAGUUUGGCUUCCUGCUAGACCACGUGCAGACAGCCCGCUCUCUCAACCGAUCCUCUUUUACCUACUACCCCGACCCCAGCUUCGAGCCACUUGGGCCCUCCGGCGUCCUGGACGUCAAACCUGGCUCCCACGUAGUGUUAAAGGGCAAGAAUCUGAUCCCUGCAGCAGCCGGCAACUCCCGUCUCAACUACACAGUGCUGAUUGGGGGCCAGCCGUGUGCACUCACCGUCUCGGACACACAACUCCUGUGCGACUCACCCAGCCAGACGGGCCGGCAGCCUGUCAUGGUGCUGGUGGGUGGCCUGGAGUUCUGGCUGGGCACCCUGCACAUCACGGCCGAGCGAGCGUUGACCCUGCCGGCCAUGGUGGGGCUGGCAGUGGGCGGUGGGCUCUUGCUGCUGGCCAUCACCGCUGUGCUGGUCGCCUACAAGCGCAAGACUCAGGAUGCUGACCGCACACUCAAGCGGCUCCAGCUACAGAUGGACAACUUGGAGUCCCGCGUGGCCCUAGAAUGCAAGGAAGCCUUUGCCGAGCUGCAGACAGACAUCAACGAGCUGACAAACCAUAUGGACGGCGUGCAGAUCCCUUUCCUGGACUACCGGACCUAUGCCGUGCGCGUACUCUUCCCAGGCAUCGAGGCCCACCCAGUGCUCAAGGAGCUGGAUACCCCGCCCAAUGUCGAGAAGGCCCUGCGCCUCUUCGGGCAGCUGCUGCACAGCCGGGCCUUCGUGCUUACCUUCAUCCACACGCUGGAGGCCCAGAGCAGCUUCUCCAUGCGGGACCGUGGCACCGUGGCUUCGCUCACCAUGGUGGCAUUGCAGAGCCGCCUCGACUAUGCCACAGGGCUGCUCAAGCAAUUGCUGGCGGACCUCAUAGAGAAAAACUUAGAAAGCAAGAACCAUCCAAAGCUGCUAUUGCGCAGGACUGAGUCAGUGGCUGAGAAGAUGCUUACCAACUGGUUCACUUUCCUGCUGCAUAAGUUUCUGAAGGAGUGCGCCGGGGAGCCGCUUUUCCUGCUUUACUGCGCCAUCAAGCAGCAGAUGGAGAAGGGCCCCAUCGACGCCAUCACGGGCGAGGCGCGCUACUCCCUGAGCGAGGACAAGCUCAUCCGGCAGCAGAUUGACUACAAGACGCUGACCCUGCACUGUUUAUGCCCGGAGAGUGAGGGGAGCCCUCAGGUCCCAGUGAAGGUUCUCAACUGCGACAGCAUCACCCAGGCCAAAGACAAGCUGCUGGAUGCUGUGUACAAGGGCAUCCCAUACUCCCAGCGCCCCAAAGCUGAGGACAUGGACCUAGAAUGGCGCCAGGGCCGCAUGGCCCGCAUCAUCCUCCAGGAUGAGGAUGUCACCACCAAGAUCGAGUGUGACUGGAAGAGGGUCAACUCACUGGCCCACUACCAGGUGACAGAUGGUUCCGUGGUAGCACUGGUGCCCAAACAAGUAUCUGCCUAUAACAUGGCCAACUCCUUUACCUUCACCUGCUCCCUCAGCCGCUACGAGAGCUUGCUCCGCACAGCCAGCAGCCCCGAUAGCCUCCGCUCUCGGGCGCCCAUGAUCACGCCCGACCAGGAGACAGGCACCAAGCUGUGGCACCUGGUAAAGAACCAUGACCACGCCGACCACCGCGAGGGGGACCGUGGCAGCAAGAUGGUCUCAGAGAUCUACUUGACACGGCUGCUGGCCACUAAGGGCACCCUGCAGAAGUUUGUGGACGACCUCUUUGAGACCGUGUUCAGCACAGCGCACCGGGGCUCGGCCCUGCCCCUGGCCAUCAAGUACAUGUUUGACUUCCUGGAUGAGCAGGCCGACCAGCGCCAGAUCAGUGACCCCGAUGUGCGGCACACCUGGAAGAGCAACUGCCUGCCCCUGCGCUUCUGGGUGAACGUGAUCAAGAACCCGCAGUUUGUGUUCGACAUCCACAAGAGCAGCAUCACAGAUGCCUGCCUGUCGGUGGUAGCCCAGACCUUCAUGGACUCCUGCUCCACGUCCGAGCACCGCCUGGGCAAGGACUCCCCUUCCAACAAGCUGCUCUACGCCAAGGACAUCCCCAACUACAAGAGCUGGGUGGAGAGGUACUACCGGGACAUUGCAAAGAUGGCAUCCAUCAGCGACCAGGAUAUGGAUGCCUACCUGGUGGAGCAGUCCCGACUCCACGCCAGCGACUUCAAUGUCCUAAGUGCACUCAGCGAGCUCUAUUUCUAUGUCACCAAGUACCGCCAAGAGGUUCUCACCGCUCUGGACCGAGAUGCGUCUUGUCGGAAGCAUAAGUUGCGCCAGAAGCUGGAACAGAUCAUCACUCUCCUGUCCAGCAACAGUUAAGGGUGGCGGAACCGGUGAGGAGGGGCCUUUUCGGUCCUGAGCUGUCCUCCCGUUGAGGGGGGCGGCUCACGCCUGGGUCUGGGGGCUGAGCCCUGGAUCGGGUGGCACGGGGGAGGUCACUGGGCCAGUGUGCCCCUGGCACACCUGGGCCCCCUUCAUUAGUGCCUUGCUUUGGGCCCCACCGGGGUGGGGGCUGGGGGCGGAGGGGGAGAGGAUGACAGGACCAAGCCCCGCACCCCAGCAGCAGCAAUACCCUUAGCCUCCUGCCCUUGUGCCCAGGUGUUGCCACGGCCCCUGCCUUCCUUGCUAUUUAUACCCCCAACCACCUAUUUAUUUAAUUUACCACCACCUCACUGUCUCCAUCUGUAAAUACGUGUCACCCCUGGCAUGUUGCCAACUUCACUGACCUUCUCUCCUUGAGUCGUCCUGGCUCCCUUGUGACGUUGUCAGCCUUGGCCUAGCCUCUGGCACCUCACCCUUGCCAUGGCUGGCCCCACCCAUACCAGGAAGGCAGCCUCGGUGCCAGCAGCACUUGGGGUGGGAUGAUGCACCUGAAGCCGCCUUCAGACUGUGGCUGUGCCCAGGGGUCCCCCUGCAGCUGGGCCACAGCAUCUCCCUUCAGACUUCUCGGGAGUUGGCCUGUCCUGUACAGGGCCCUGCUCUCUCUCAGACCCUGGAGAGCUAGAACCAGGCUUGUGCCGGGGCCUGACCUGGGCCCAGGGACUCCGGCUCUCCUUCCCCCGGCCCUACUGCCAAACGUCCUCAGUGUUGUCUGCACUUGCCCCCGACCCCCUUGUCCUCAGCUGCCCUGUCCUGCGCCCGCCCCAAGGGGCUGAGGCGGCAGUGCCUUAGUCCUUUGUCCUUCUGCCUCCUGUGAGGAAUCAGGCCCUGUCUCGCAGUCCUGGAAACUCCAUUCUCUCCUCUUUUGUUGCAUGAGUUCUUCUUUGUUCGUGUAAUUUUUUUUCCUAAUUAAAUGUUGGGAAAAUAGA